GCUGCUGCCAUUCCUGCUUCAUCUCGAGCCGCCGCGAUCACCUGGCCCGUGAGCACUGAUAAUUAUUCGCGUCCGAUGACUGGAGCACACGCUUUUGCAUCGCCCGGGAGAUGCGAUUUGGCCCGCUGACCGCUGUGAGUCGUUUUGCUGGGCCGUGAAUACCGCGACCGCGACCCUUUCGCCCCCCGAGGACUCGCCGAACAGGAGGAGCAUGGAGUGCUUGGUGCGAUGGACUGUGUUUUCGGUGGUGGUGCUGCUGCUGGGGGCCACGUCGGCCAACCCCAUUUCGGCCAACACCACCGCCCUGCCCCUCAAGAGCGGCCCUCUGCACUGCUCGGCCGUCCGGCAUGCCCUCAUGUCCGAGAAGGGCUUCGGAGAGAUUCCCAGAGAACCCAUUCCAGGUAAUGGGUUGAAAAUGUGCAGCCCGCACCAGGACGACGAGAACUUGUCGUGCUGCACUGUCAGAAUGGAGGCAGCGUUGGCAGCCAAGGCGAGGCAGGACUUCGACCACGAGCUCCAAAGCGCCCUCAACGGAAAACUGGCCAACAUUCUCAAAACCAGGGCCAUGAAAUUUAAUGACUUCUUCAUGGAGCUGCUGGCGAGGUCUAAAAAGGAGUUCCACGAAAUGUUCAAGAAGACGUACGGAAUCAUUUACGAGCAGAACCAACACGUCUUCACGGACCUUUUCGAAAAUCUGGAAUCGUACUUUGUCAAGGGCAGAACGCGCCUGGACCGUACUCUUGACAAGUUCUUCAACAACCUGUACCAGAGGAUGUUCCAGGUCCUCAAUGGCCAGUACUCGUUCGAUGAUAAGUAUAUGAGCUGCGUCUCCAAUCACAUGAAUGAAUUGAGGCCUUUUGGAGAUGCUCCUCACAAGCUGUCCCUUCAGGUCAAGAGGUCGUUUGUUGCAACGAGGACCUUUGGCCAGGCACUCCUAAUUGCCUCCGAAGUGGCGUCCAACAUGCUGCAGGUGCAACCACCCCAGGACUGCAGUCAUGCCCUGACGAAGAUGUCGGGGUGCAAUGUUUGCCAAGGGCGUCCCAAUAUGAAAGCCUGUCCAGGCUACUGCAGCAAUGUGAUGAGAGGCUGUCUAGCCUACCACUCAGAACUAGAAGCGGAGUGGAACUCUUUUGUUGAUGCAUUCUCUAAAAUUUCUGACCGUCUGCUUGGCCCAUUUAACAUCGAGGUUGUUGUUGAACCCAUCAAUAUUAAAAUCUCGGAGGCCAUCAUGAACUUCCAAGAAAGCAGCAGUCAAAUCUCUGAUAAGGUAUUUGCCGGCUGUGGAAAGCCAAGAUUGGGGAAGAGGAGUCCAGCGGACAACAAGGAAAUUCACUAUGAGACACUCAAUUUUGGCAAAAAUAAUGCAAGAAGUCGAGGCCAGCCAAUCUCUGACAUGACUCCUUUGGAAAAUCUCAUCAAUGACACAAACUAUAGAGUCAAAGAUACCAAGAACUUCUGGUCCAAUCUUCCCCUCAUGAUGUGUGUCAAUGAAGAUGCUGCAGUUCCUCCUAAGCAAGAAAAUAACUGUUGGAACGGACGCACCAAGAAUAGGUACACUGAGAAGGUCAUUGCAAGUUCAGGAAUUACUGCACAGGCCGACAACCCUGAGGUCAAAGUCAGCCCAGUGGAAUCGUCAAGACACAGCAGCAAGUUGAAUGAGCAAAUGUACACACUGAGGAUGCUUGUCAGCAAACUACGAAGCGCUCAUAACGGGCAGGAUGUUGACUGGGGCGAUGACGAAGAUGAAGAUGGAGGAGGUGACGUGUAUGAUGGCGAAAGCAGUGGUUCUGGAGAUGGACCUAACUCUGGUGAUGGACGCCAACCACAUGGCCCCUAUGACCAGGAGGAGGGCAGUGGCGACAUCGAGUAUGAUGAGCGACCCAGAGGAAAGCAGUUCCCGAAACCUGCACCCCCUCCAGCCCACUCGCCACCUGUGCCAACUGGCCGGGCGCCAACGACGUCUGCAGCGCCUCCGAAGGUGCAGAAGGCUUCCGUCACAAAGGCUGUGGUCACAUAUCUGUUCCCCAUCGUGGUAGUUUGGCUAGGUGGCAUGUUCAGUGACUGGUAAAUGUGUCAGCCGACUCGAAAGAUUUUCCUCGUGAAUUGUGUAUAUUGAAAUGUGUCACUAUUCAAAAUCGUUGAGCCCAGUGUUUUGGGAGAGCGGACAAGCUGAGAGUGCUGAGUUACAAGCUCAAUGAUUAUUGAUGAUAAUUUUAGAAUAAUCUGCUUUUUUUAAAGAAAGGAAAAAUUGUAAAGACUUUGUUUAAAAUCCUAAAGAAAUCAGCGCUCUUGACCAUCCUCUUCCCAAUUUUUGGGUCUCGAAUUAACCUGUGGUGGAAUUUUCAUCACAUGGUGAUGUGUGAUUUGUAAAGAAAGAGUGGAAAUUUUUUACGGAAAAUAUUUAAAUUCAUACUCAAAAUUCCAGACGUGGAAAAUUAAGAAAUCUCAUCUUGAGCAUUGUAGACACAGACUUGAUCGAACACUGCUGGUGUUGAUGAGCCUUAUUUUUAGUAUGGACUUGAGAGAGAAACUAGCAAUAGGAUUACGAGUGGAUGGCAACACAACGAGAUAUACGUAAUAAUUCGAGGAGGCCUUGCCAGGCAUGUGUUGAGUGAAAAGUCUAAUUGUAUUACUUGAACGUCCACUGCUAAAGGGCUGUCACGAAACUAAACCAGUUUGGAAAUGCAGGAAGGGAGAAUUAAAUCUGUUCUGAUCAAGAACCACUUGCCGCUCCUGUCUCUCCGACUUGGGGAAACAAAUAAUGACAGCCCCUACCUGAAUGUCUUCUGGAUACUUAAAAUUACCGUACUAGGAAUUUCAAAGUAGCAUUACUAUGAAUGUUAAAACUUUGUAAUUUUUAUGCUUGGAUUUAAUUCAUAAUUGGAUGUACAUUCCAUUGUAAAAAGAAAAAAAAUAAUGCAAAUUUCUUUGUAAUUUUACAAAAUCACAAAACUUGAAAUGUUUUAGUGUCUUAAUUUAUUAUCUAUUGAAUUUAAUGUUUAAUAUUUUCAUCUAUUGGCUGCCAUCAAAUUCCUUCUAGUCCACCGUAGCUUCAAAGUGGCUUCUGUGCGCAAGGAAGUUUCCUUUUUAACUAAAAAAAUUAUCACUUUGGCAUAAUCUAUUGUGUUUUGUGGAAUUCGACGUCGGUCACAUGACAGAAGUACUUCUUGCAUUUAUGAACUGUUGUUUUAAAUUUUAGAUUCUCCUUUUUUUGACAAUUUAAUGUUGCACAAGUUGUAAAUGAGCACAAAGUUUAUUUGGAAAUUUUGAAUCUUUGUGUCAUCCAUAUAUUUAACCCAUGUUUGUGACCGAGCAGCUUAUUAACAGUGAUGUAACAACAAUUACUGUAUUAUGACGAGGGUGCCGAGCAGCCUUUGAGAAUUUAAUUUCGAGGAUAACUUUUGCCCUGUCAACAUUUCUGGAACCAACCGUUGGAACUGCCACUGAACUUUUGAAUGUUUUGCAGCACAAUUGACUAUUGUAUGAUUGUAAAAUUGUAAUUUUGUUGGUUCCUUAGCAAAGCUGCAUCAACACUGUAAUAGCUAGGCUAGGGUUCAGAGGUGCAUGAUUGUAGUCAGGGUAGAAAAAAAAGGAAAAUUUGCCGUUCAAAAAAUCGUCAAUUCUUGAAUACACUGAAAAAUAUUGAAAAAAAAUCCAGAGGCGGCUUAUUUUUAUUAUUUGUGAUUUGUAAGACUAAUUUAAUUAAUAACUAAUUUUUAAUGUUCAACUUAUUUACUUUGCAUUAUUAUCCAGUCUCUCUUUUGUAACUACUCUGACUUUUGCAUCUGGGAAGUCUUCACUGAUUGUUACAUGAACCCUCUGCUCUGUUCAUUUACACCAAUAGGAGACAAGUAAUUUAAGAAAUUAUGCUUUUUAACUUGCGCAUCUUGAAGAAUAAUAAAUUGGAAAUCAGACAAUAUGAAAAA